AUAUUUUAGUCACGUGACAACUCGUUUGCAGCAGCCGCCAUAUUACGGCCUAUUUCCUAGUUUGGCCCUUGUCAUUGUAAUUUACAAGUUGACAGUACUUUGAAUCACCGUUUAAUCGUACAGGGAGGUACAUGUGCAUUGAGCAAGCCAGUUAAUCAUACGGAUCAAUUAAUCUUAGAGUCUACAAGACCCAGUUAACGGUCAGAGACAGUGUGAAAACACUGACUGUCACAGGUCACGCUGAAGGAAACAUGCCGGUGCGAAAACAAGAUGCCCACAGGGCCCUAGAGUUGCUGGAGGACUACCACAGCCGGCUGAACAAACCCCAGGAUAAGCAGUUAAAAAAUGCCAUCGAGCGUGUGAUACAGAUCUUCAAGAGCAGGUUAUUCCACGCCUUGCUAGAAAUCCAGGAGUUCUAUGAAUACACCCUGCUUGAUGACUCCAAGUCCACCCAUGAGAAGACCCUCGAGACCCUACAGCUGGCCAGCAAGUGGGAGCGAGAACCGCCCGCAGCCAACAACCAGACCAGGAUGGAAGUUAGCCAUAAGAUGAACUCUCCAGUAGAAGAAGACCUGCCACCACCUCCACCCCCCCUGGAAAUGUCGAACACCCGAGCUACGUCCGAGUCUGUCCCCGCCCCCGCAGAGAAACCUGCCCCCAUCCACAGCAAAGCCACCACACACACCACCGUCACAUACGAUGACCGCGACCUCCCGCCACCGCCAGAGGGAUCAGAAGCAGCAGAUUCUGAAUUUACCAAUGGCGAAGGUGACUGGGAGGCAGAGGAAAUUGCACUGGAGAGGGGCACAACAGGCCUUGGGUUCAGCAUCGCUGGCGGCAGUGACAACCCCCACAUCGGCGAAGAACCCAGCAUCUUCAUCACCAAGAUCAUCCCCGGAGGAGCAGCAGCAGCAGACAAAAGGCUCAAGAUCAACGACAUCAUCGUGAAAGUGAGCGAUGUUGACGUCUCCAACUGCACCCACGCCGAAGCAGUGGAUGCCCUGAAGCAAGCCGGAUCCCGAGUCGUGCUGCUGGUGAAGAGGCUGAAGGCGAACAUUGAAAAUGUGGUGGAGAUCGAGCUAGUCAAGGGAAAUAAAGGCCUGGGUUUCAGUAUUGCUGGUGGCCAGGGAAACCAGCACAUUCCGGGAGACAAUGGCAUCUUCGUGACGAAGAUCAUCGAAGGUGGAGCUGCAGAGCAGGACGGGCGGCUGGAGACGGGGGACAGACUCAUCGCUGUGAAUGAGAUGAACUUGGAGGAUGUAACGCACGAGGAUGCUGUAGGAGCGCUGAAGUCAACGGCGGAGGUGGUGCGCCUGACGGUGGCCAAACUCUCCCAUCUCCCAGACACCCACGACCCUCCUUCCCUCACAGGUCAUUCCACAGAGCCGGUAUCAAUAACGAGCGGCAACACAUCGCCAUUCCCCGUGACGCCGCCGAAAGUCCUCAACACAGCCGCCUCCAGUACGGACCAGUUAGAUGGGGAAAGGACAGAAGCAGAGGAACCUCCCAGCCGAUUGCCGAUUCCAGGGGAACCCCGGAAGAUUGUUUUAAAGAAAGGGUCUACUGGUCUUGGGUUCAACAUCGUCGGUGGCGAGGAUGGAGAAGGCAUCUUCGUAUCGUUCAUACUGGCCGGGGGGCCAGCCGAUCUCAGUGGAGAACUCCGACGAGGAGACCAGAUACUGUCUGUGGGUGGAAAGGAUAUGAAGCAUGUGGAGUUGUUGCAUGCGACACAUGAAGAAGCAGCAGCAGCACUGAAGGGAGCUGGAGACACCGUGGAAAUAGUUGCUCAAUACAAACCAGAAGAAUACAACCGGUUUGAAGCGAAGAUUCAGGACUUGCGAGAACAGAUGAUGAAUACAAGCACUGGCAGCCUGAGGACCACACAGAAGAAAACAUUAUACGUCAGAGCAUUAUUUGACUACGACCCUACAAAGGACAGUGGCUUACCGAGCAAGGGUCUGGCAUUCCGUUACGGUGACAUCCUCCACGUCACCAACGCCAGCGACGACGAGUGGUGGCAGGCGAGGCGGAUCACCCCCGAGGGGGAUGAGGAAGGGAUGGGCAUCAUUCCCAGCAAACGCAGAGUUGAAAGGAAAGAGAAGGCCAGGUUAAAAAAUGUGAAGUUUACAGGCAAGAGCUCCAGCAACAAUGAUAGGAUCAAUCAAUCAGCAGCAGCCAAUGACAGGAAAAAGAAGAAUUUCUCCUUCUCUAGAAAAUUCCCUUUCAUGAAGAGCAAAGACCACAGUGGUUCUGAGGACAUCAGUGCUGACGAACAAGAUGGUAUGACAGCAGUGGAAGAAGGAAGCGUAGCAAGUGACAAUGACACUAGUUAUCGUGGAGACGAACCUAUUUUGUCCUAUGAAGCAGUGCUGCAGCAGGAACUGCGGUACACGCGGCCUGUGAUCAUCCUGGGACCUCUCAAGGACAGGAUCAACGAUGACCUCAUCUCAGAAUUCCCAGAUAAAUUCGGCAGCUGUGUCCCUCACACGACACGGGAGCGGCGAGACUACGAGCAAGAUGCUCGAGACUACCAUUUUGUGGCGUCCCGGGAGCAGAUGGAGAAGGACAUUCAGAACCAUCUAUUUAUAGAAGCUGGUGUUUAUAACGACAACUUGUACGGAACAAGUGUGGCCUCAGUGAAAGAAGUUGCCGAAAAUCAGAAGAAGCACUGCAUCUUGGAUGUGAGCGGGAACGCCAUUAAGCGGCUCCAGGUCGCAGGUCUCUACCCCAUUGCCAUCUUCAUCAAACCCAAGUCCAUCGACUCCAUCAUGGAGAUGAACAAGAGAAUCACCGAUGAGCAGGCACGGAAGACCUACGAACGAGCCUUGAAACUGGAACAGGAAUUUGGGGAGUAUUUCACAGCUGUGGUCCAAGGGGACACUGCGGAUGAAAUCUAUGCAAAGGUGAAAGAGGUUAUUCGAGACCAGUCAGGACCAACAAUCUGGGUUCCAGCUAAAGACAAACUCUGAACUCUUACGUCUUAGAGGAAAUAAACUCAUAACUUCCGUUCAUAUGAUAGUCAUGUGACGGUCAUGUGACAGUCAUGUGACUGAUAGGUGAUGCUCAGGCUGUACAUUAUCUCUUCGUGGUCGGAGACUUUGUGAUACUGUAAGAAUGAUGGGAUACUGUUGCUACGACGACCGGACCUGUUGCUGUAGUGAUCUCAAGAUUCUCCUCUGCAGAUCUGAUCGUGGCUUUCAACGUUUACCAUACGACCUUGACCUUGACUCAAGCUCUUCCGGAUGUUGCUCACCCGUAACUCCAUGUAUGGUUGGAAUCUGAAGUUUAGCCAUACACUUUUGCUACUUCCUGAGUUCCCGAGAACGCAAGGCCUUUUCGAGGUGUACACAUACAACGGGUUGACAGGCCGCGUCAGUAACGGGGACUACCGGUAAUGAUGUAUAAUUAGACGCAGGUUCCAGACGAGACCUGCACCCACCGGCUGUCGGACUUGUGUACAAGUGUAUUACUACUUAUUUAAGACUUGUGUUAGUUGCUGAUGACUGCCUGAGCAAGGAACAGCAAGCAUAUAGAUACGUGCCCGUCACAGAAUCCACAGCUGUGAAAGUAUGGAAUACCAUUCUCGCCAAAUUAUUUAUUGAUGAGCUAUGUCAUCAAAUUGCAGCCUGCACAAACCAAGAUACAAUUAAAUUCCAUCUUUCAUUGUGAGAUCAUUUAGAAAAAUCAAAACUCAUGAUAUGCUGAUGGAUCUUGCAUAUUAUUUUUAAAGUUCAAACAAGGUAUUGUAAUGUUUUGAUGUACAAACCCCGAAACUGGGCCUAUACUGCUGUGAUUAAGGGAUGUAUGUAAAAAUUGUCAAUAACCGUUGCCAUGGUAAGAUGUUACUUUUAUGUAUCCAUGGCAACCAAAAGUAUUUCCCUUUUUGUGAUGCUCUGCAAAUAUGGUAGGUUUUAAUCCAGUGCGUGAAUGAAUGGUUAUGAUAGUACUGUGCAACUUAUUCUGCAAGUUGGCUUUUAGUUUCCCGUUGCCAUGGUAAUCAGUGAUUGUCGUAUGACAUCAAAGUUUAUCAUAACUAGUUGUUGAGCUUCAUGCGGUCGUUACUUUUAGUAGACUAAUGACCAUUCACUAUCAUGGCACACACACAUGGCACGUUUUGCAGAGGUAUUGUUUACAUUACAUUAAGUUUUACCAGCUCAUUACACAGACUAGCUUUCCACUUGUCAGCAGCCCUCUGGAGUCAUUGUUUUAGCUUUGUUAUUUAAACACUAGUUUAGCGAGCUGUUUUUGACUGUAUCAUUUUGAUAUAUAUAUAUUGCAAUUUAAAAAACAGCAUAUGUAGGCCUGUAUAGAUGUAUUGUGACCUUCACCUUGUCCUGACCCUCUUGAAAAUCACAAUUAGUGAUUGGCGGAAAUAAACCACUAUUUAUUCUGGUUUGACUCCCGCUAGUUUUCUUUGUUAUUUUCUGCAUGCUGCUGAUUGUUGUCAUGGCGAGGCACGUGGUUGUCAUGGCGAGGCACGUGGUUGCCUAGCAACAUCUCCAAUGAUUGUGCUAGUACGUACACCAAGAGAUGGGGAUGUAAAAUUAUCCAUUAUUUAAGAAAUCAUGUCUGUACGGACAGAGAAAAUUGUUGAAGUUUUUGUACCGCUGACUAGUGCUUUAAAUUAUGUACAACUGUACAAAUAUUUUCAAGCAACAAAGUACCUGUUGUUAUGUAAAGUAAUGGUUUGUUAAAUUGUGCAAUGUGAAGUUUCCACCUGUUGAAAUUGUCCAGGUACAUGUCUAGAUCUAUUUGCUGUUGUGCAGGCCUACCAGGGAAACAAUUCAGCAGGCUAAGGGUUAAUAGACAUUUCCCAUGCCUCAUGUUCCGCCGGGUGCAGUGGUAUAAUGAUGCUAAACCAUCAUACAUGAACGUUCAAUGGCAAUAGAACAUCUGUGGUAGGAGGUAUCGGAACCAAUUACUAAGAUCCACGGGGUCCAAUAAUCUCCAUCCCUUAUAUGAAGCACAGGACAAGAUAUAAGUAGAGUUCCUACAGCCUACAGUGGUGUGUAUGUCUUCAGUUUUAGUGGUAUGUAUGUAAGUUUUCAAGAGGGUCGUCUCCCUUACCUGUAGUCAGCUUGUACAUGUAGCUUUUUUCGUUACUUGUCUAUAUAUGUCUACUGUACAUCUCCCUUCGUCACUGGGAGGAUUUGGCAGGAAAAGUAAUUUCUGUCCUGAAUCGCAUUCUUACCCAUGUCCAUUUGGGGAGUUUUCGUCAUGAAAAUGUAAAACGUCUUCAGGAAUGUGAUGGGUUUUGGUUUUGCACUUCAAAGCGUUUCUUUCGGUUCCAGAAUCGAUCAUUGAUAAGGAUUACUUUUUCAGCAGAUCUCCCAAAGGCGUGUUAUCAUAUCAUUGAUAUCAAAGACCACACAUCGAUAUUUGUUGUUUCAUACAGUCGACAUGGACAGUCAUACGUCACCUCCACUCCACCAAUACAGAGUGUAGCUCUCCAUUAUGGCACAAGGGUUGGUCAAUACAAAGGUUCUAUCAUGACUUUGUCCUGCAGUAUAGCAACUUUCAUACUUAGAUAUAAGGAUUGUGAAUGAUAUCUGUCCACGGCACAUUAUCUGUUUGGCAUAUUAAAGAUGGCACUUUUAAUGAAAUUGUGUAUAUAGUAAAAAUUAGGAAAAUCAUUUAUCAUACUUGUUGAUCUCUUUUGAUCCCCAUCAAGGCAAUAAGUUUUUGUAUAUCACAAAACUACAUUAAUGACACCACAAGAUAGUGAAGAAUAUCAUGGAUAGUGAUCCUGGGACAACAGUCUACUGCUACUUGGAUAGUCGUGAAGAGCUAAAAAGGUAGAGACAGAAUUGCCCAACCCUUGUCAAGAAUUACUGCAGUGAUACAGGUAAUCCAACACAUGUUCUAUAGAGAUGUGAGGUUAUUUUCUAUUCAACAUUGCAAAUAUAUUAUGUGAAAGUGUAUUUUAAUUCAUCACCUUAAUGAAAAUUAUGGCAUGUACAUGCUACCAAAAUUGUAAAUAAUUUGAAAUUAUCGCCUCAGUAUCUAUUACAUCUAUGCUAAAAUGAUAGAUUGCUUUAAAGUUAGAAAAAAAGUUAGAAUGAUCACUCACAUUUGCUCUAUAGUUACCUCAGAUAGGGAGACAACAAAUGUUUAUUUUAGAUGAGAAAUUUUUUUUACUACAAGCUACUAUUUCUGAUUUUCAAUAUUCGGAAAUAUAUUACAACAUAAUUUAGUUGUUCACGUUAAUAAUAUCAGUGCUUUAAGUAAGUCAGAUGAAAUUUGACUGGAUAACCGUAUUAGUUUCUUUAGUGUGUCUGAUUAGGCAGAUGAAACGAAAAUGUGCAAUCAUAGCAUUGUUCUUGACUUUUGGGGCGAGUUAUUGUACAGAAAUAGAGCCCUGAUUUGUCAGAAAGUUGAAGGAAGCUAGCAUGUUGAACACUGUAAGUCUUUAGGUAAGUAGUACGGCUCCGUCCUCUAUAGGAUUGAGGUAUGUCGUGUGGAAGAUGUUAGCUGUACAAAUCUGUUAACGAGGAGUGUAGGCAUUCAAGAAAAUAAACUGCCGAUACUACACA